CGGAGCAGCGGCAGCGGUGGACCCGGGAACUGCCGGGGGGGAUGGAGAUCCCGCCGGAGCUGCGCGUGGGCUUCAUCGGCGCGGGGCGCAUGGCUUGCGCGGUGGCCCGGGGGAUGCUGCUGGCGGGAGAAGUUCAGCCAGGAAACAUUCUUGCCAGUGCCCCAUCGAACACCAAUCUGGACAAGUUCCAGGGUUUUGGCUGCAGAACAACCCACUGUAAUGCAGAGGUGCUGAAGAACUGUACCCUGGUGUUCCUGGCAACCAAGCCCCACAUCAUUCCAGUGGUACUCCGGGAAAUUGCUCCUGAUGUCACCCCAGAUCACAUCCUCGUCUCCAUGGCAGCUGGAGUCACGCUCCAGACGUUAGAAAAGCUGCUGCCUGCCAGGACCAAGGUGCUCCGGGUGAUGCCCAAUCUCCCCUGCGUGGUCCAGUCAGGCGCUAUCGUGCUGGCCCGGGGAACCUGCGCGGCUGAUCCGGACGCAGCCUUGCUGAAGAGCUUGCUGUCUCCUUGCGGGCUGUGUGAAGAGGCGCCCGAGUCCCACAUUGACAUUCACACCGGACUGAGUGGCAGCGGAGUUGCCUACGUCUACACGUUUGCUGAAGCGCUGGCUGACGGUGCAGUGAAGAUGGGGAUGCCGUGGGCCAUGGCCAAUAAGAUCGCAGCCCAGACGCUUUUGGGAGCAGCCCGGAUGAUCCUAGACACCGGCGAGCACCCGGCGGCCUUGAGAAAUGCCGUCUGUACGCCAGGGGGCACAACCAUCCACGCACUGCAUGAGCUGGAGAAAGGAGCCCUGCGAUCUACGGUUAUGAACGCUGUAGAGGCCGGCACCAACCGGGCCCGGGAGUUGGGCAAGAGAUAGAAGGCGACGGGGAUGCAGUGGUCUCGCCUAGAAAUGUGAAGGCCCGGAAAAAACCCGGAAAAAUUCAGAAAAAAACCGUCCCGUCCC